AAUGGGAAAAUGAGAAAUCUGGAAUUGAAUGAAAAAUCAAAAUCGGAAUCCGAAAUCCGAAAUAGCCGUCGAAAAGAGACAAAUUUCUUGCAAUUGAAGUUACCUUUUACGCUCUUUUAAAUCAAAAAUCCCAAUAAUGUUUCAACUUGUCUCCCUGUUCAGGUUUUGGGGGAAACAGAGAUUUUAGAAGAAACAAACCCUAGUAAACAAACAAAAGUACGGUCUUUUCCUUCAAUGGGUCGCGAAUCAGUUACUGCCGUGUCUUCUCCGCCGACGGCGACGGCCACUGCUACUGCGGUGGCGACGGCGCUUGCUCCUGGGUUUCGAUUUCAUCCGACCGACGAUGAGCUAGUGAGUUACUACUUGAAGCGGAAGGUCCUGGGUAAGCCCGUACGGUUCGAUGCGAUUGGGGAUGUGGAUAUCUACAAGCAUGAGCCUUGGGAUUUAGCAGCGUUCUCUUGGCUGAAGACAAGGGACCAGGAAUGGUACUUCUAUUGCGCGUUAGAUAAGAAGUACGGCAACGGUGCUAGGAUGAACCGAGCCACCAACUUAGGCUACUGGAAAGCCACCGGAAAAGACAGAGAAAUCCGCAGUGACGUUCAGUUGCUCGGUAUGAAAAAGACACUCGUUUUCCACAGCGGGCGUGCCCCAGAUGGGCUCCGGACCAAUUGGGUCAUGCACGAGUAUCGCCUUGUGGACUGUGAAACUGAAAACAAUGGAAACUCGGUGCAAGAUGCAUAUGUGCUGUGCAGAAUCUUCCACAAGAAUAACAUUGGGCCUCCAAGUGGGAACAGAUAUGCGCCGUUCAUGGAAGAGGAAUGGGCCGGUGAUGGAGUAGCUCUGAUUCCAGGAGUAAACGUUAGUGUCAAGGCAGAGCCGGUACCAGUAGCCAAUGGAAACAACCACAUGGACCAGGAAAUCCAGUCAGCAAGCAAGGACCUCAUUAACAUCAACGAGCCACCAAGAGAGCCUGCGCCAAUGGAUAUCGAACUUAACCAUCAUGAGAAUGCCGUCAAGCCGCAGGAGAAUAACAACAACAGUAACCAUUGUGAUGAAGGUGAGCGUCCUCCUGCUGUAUGCGUUCUCAACAAAGAAGCUCCGUUACCUCUCGUCCAAUACAAACGCAGACGCCAAAACGAGUCUAGCGACAACAACGACUCAAGCAGGACCCGAGAGGAUUACUGCUCGUCCACAACAACAACCGUCGACAACACACCAACCUUAAUCUCAUCGUCUCCUGCUGCUGCUGCUGCUACCAACAGCGCCAUCUCUGCAUUGCUCGAGUUCUCCCUCAUGGGUAUCUCCAAGAAGAAAGAAAACGCGCAGCAGACAGUACGUCCUCACAAGGAAGCUACAACGCUUAAGGAGAAGCUCAAUGAUCUCCAGAAGGAGAUUGAGAAGAUGUCUGAUGAGAGAAAAACUUUCAAGCUUGAGAUGAUGGGUGCAGAGGCUAUGAUCAGUAUUCUCCAAUCGAGGAUCGAUGCACUGCGCCAGGAGAACGAUGAGCUGAAGAAGAACAGCAGCACCAAAGAAGUGCUCUAAUAACCAUCGCUCUAGGUUUCUUCUUCUUUGCGUUUUUAGCUUGUUUUAAUCUCCCCUAAUAUUAGUAGGAGUUAUCUUAUGUAAUAGCUUCUUCAGAUGGAUUGAGAACUUUGCUAGGUCUCUUUAUGAUGUUUCUACAUUGUCAUAUAUUAUCAUCUAGUCUUUUGAGUCAAGAACUCUUUUAAUCUACAAGCUUCCGGCUA